AGUGACACGUGACGCUUGUCAAGAGUUCUCCCCGCGCGUUUAUCUCUCUUUUGGUGAUUCUUCUUGGUGACGGAAUCGGAGGAAAAGCAGCGGCAGGUGGCUACGACCUCAGAUCUCCGAGAGAGUCCAAGAGUAGAAUUUUCAUCCGAAUUUUCUCGUCGUACAAUGUAGUAAAGGCGGUCCGACGGAGGGAAGUUACGUCCAACAAAUCGAAUUCACGGUGCAAAUUGGUGCGUUGGGAAGCAGGAGGGCUGUGAUGAGGGAAGCCGGCUAAGGGGAGCCGCCCGUGUCGCGCAAGCGCCGGUAGAGGAGUAUAGGAAAGAUGCCGCUUUCCUCGAGAGUCUUAUUAAGCCCGCUGCUGCUUCUAAUCAUCGCAGGAAGCACCGGCGCCUUCAACUCCCGGCAAGGAGAAUGCUCGUUUCCAGCGAGGUGGGAAGGCACGUGGUUUCAAAGUGGCGUGAGGCAAUCAAUAGUAAUACUCAAGAACGAGUUAUCCACCAAGGGCAAGUGUCUGCACAACGAAGGCGACAAGUUUCUUCUUGUAGAUCAAAAAUCAUGCUAUCGCUGCGUCGUCAUCCACGAGAAGCACUCCAACGUUCUCCAGUACAAAGAGACUUACUGUCACACUAGGAAUUCUUUGGCGUCUCUGUGCUCGUUUAUUACGGGGGAUGCGUUGCUGUACUCCAUGUUCCGCGAAGAGGCGCCUCCCGUGGCGUGUCCCUUUCGCGGACCGAUGACUUUUUCAUACAACCGUGGCCACGGUACGUGUUCUAAUCCGCCGAGCAAUGUCGACACCUGCACAGACGACAGCAGACUUCUGUUCAAGUACCAGGCUUGUCCGGACAUACCGGCUUCGGAAAGCGCAGUUGAGGAGCUGGAAUGUCUGGCCACCUGGAAGGAGGGUAGCAGCCGCUACUUGGUCGGCCGUCUGCAUCACGGACACGCGUCCAGCAACGAGGAUCGAUACCGAUGCUUCGUCUACGAGAAGGCGAACCAACCGGUGCAGAGCAAUUUAAACAGGGCCGCGAUAGGCAUAGGUGUCAUGGAUCACGAAGUCACCGUGCCAGGUGGACCGGUUUCCGAAGGUACGACCGAGAUGUACCAGGUGGCUCAGAGCGGCGACGCUACGUGUAACGGCCUGUUCACUCCCACGGAAGGUUCGCGAACAAUGAUGCUGAAGAAAGUGUCCGAGCCGGGUAUGUGUCGCUUUCCAAAUUGGCUAACCGGACACUCGAGCAUCGGACUAACCUGGCACACUCUGGACCUCAGCAAAUCCUACACGUUUCAUCCGCGAAACGCCUCUCUGCACGUAGCCAGACCUAACGCGACAUCGUCAUCAGACUUCGAGAACGGACCCAUGGAUUUGCAACACAUAGUCGGAUCGGAGGAUCAGGACGUGAAGAUCCUCUGCAACAGCAUAAAGCAGUCGAACAGCGCGCAGACGAUGACAAUGCUGAUCGCGCAUUUCACCGUCGGAUGCCGGAGCGGUUUUAUGUGCAUGACAUUCUACCGGAGAGACGGCCACGUGAUCGAGCUGCAAACGGGAAGUGCGAUAUCUAGACCGGAAGAAGUAUGCAACCCGCCCCAUUUUCUGCAGCACAGUACGCCCUACCUCACCUUAGUCACGAGUUCACCGGAAUCGCGCACUUGUCCGUACCUGGGUAAAUUCACGGUGACGGACGUGAAUCGGAAUCCACGGAACACGCGCGAGAACCGCAAAAAUCAACACCAGCAGGAGUCUAUGUCCAUUCGGCGAGAUGGCGAAAAGGUGCGGCACGCUCAGGAGAGGAACGAGGACCGGCGCGGCCGCAAGCUGGAUUACGAGGUCGAGAAGAGACGAGCGAACAACGAGUACCUGGUGCACGAGAGAAUGGGUCGGCGGGUGCGCUCGAAUCACGGCGGGAAUCGGAGUCGCAAGGAUUACAGCCUGGAAGAGAUCUCCGCGUCGAGAAGAUCCUCGGAGCUGAUAAAAGACACGUUCCGCGAUUUGCGAGAACGCGCUCUGCGAGCGAAGGUCCGGUGGCCGGAAGAUCUGACCGAGCAACGCGUCGCGGAGAGCACGUUGCGCUCCAAGACAAGGAGAUCGCGCGCCGUCGAUGAACGCGCGUCGCAGCGCACGAGAUACGAACAGAUCAAAAACGGCGAGAUGAACUCGAGACUCCAGCCGAACAGAUCGACGAGAUAUCCCAAGAUCGAGGAUUUCCAAUCGAACAGAAACGACGCGAACUGGGUCGUCGAUUCGGACGACAGCUGGACCACCAGCACGCUGCAGGUGCAGGACGAAUAUUUCGGGGAUUAUCUCGAGUCCGAGAACUUGCCGCGAAAGAGAUCCACCACGUCCGGCAAUCCGGCUAACAAGGGUAUGACCUUCAAAGAUCUCGUGAGGAUGAAAAGGGAGCUCGAGGAGUACGAGAGGGACGAGGAUAUCCCGGAGAGGCGGGAGAAGAGAAACGAGGACGAUCCGAGGUGCAGUUCCGAGGUGACGACCUUAACCGUGGGCUGCUCCACGGCGGACAGGAUGGAGUUUCAAAGUGACUGCGUCGACGAUGACGCUAUCACCGUUAUUUUCUGA